ACACAGACAAAGAACACACACACACACACACACUAACGGACACACACACACUAACACGGGGAGAGAGCAGAGGACUUUUCUGUACACACAGUGGAUUUUACACAUGUGGAAUAUAUUUCUUACUUGGAGCUUUGCUGGAGGAGGCCUGUGUGUUCGUGUGUCAGUUAGUGUGUAGUAUAGUGUGCUUACAUUAGUGUGUUUGUAUGAGUGAGUGUCUGUGUGAGAGCAUGUGUGAGUGUGUUAUGUUGAGUGUGUAGAAGCAUAUGUGUGCGUAACAGCCUGGCCCCGGAUGGAAAGGGGUGUAGCUGGCUACCCAGAGGUCUUAGCUCCCAGCCAUGGGGGGCUGCCAGAGUCACCCCUCUGCUGCGGAGACACACAAAGUACCCCAGCCCUCUGACAUCACCAAACUGGGAGAUAAUAACAAUGAGCUGGUGAUGGAGGAGCGUCCCUACCUGCAGCAGCAGUAUGUCUCUGAGAGGAUCACACACACCGAUAUGACCGCCCUCACCGCCCUGCCACCCGGACUGGACCAGGCUGAGUGGCUCGCCAGCAACACGGUAGCGUUCUUUAAGCAUAUUAACCUGUUCUCCAGUGCUCUUUCUGAGUUAUGUACUCCUACCACCUGUCCUACAGCCUGUGGACCAGAUAACACGGUGUAUACAUGGACAGAUGAUCAGGGGAAGAAGUUAAAGUGUUCCGCUCCUCUCUACUUUGACUAUGCCAUGUCCUACAUCCAGGACCUACUGACAGAUGAAGACGUCUUCCCCACCAGAGCAGGGUCAGUUUUCCCAGCAGGCUUUGUGUUCUUGGUCCAGAAGGUGUUUCUGUUGUUGUUCCGUGUUCUGGCUCAUAUCUACUGGAGUCACUACAGAGAGGCCCUAGUUCUGGGACUCCACCCCCACCUCAACACGCUGUUCACACACCUCACACACUUCAGCCUGCAACACGACCUGCUGGAGGCAGAACACACACAACCUCUACAGGACCUGAUCAUCGCUCUGGGACAGCACAGCCUCACCUGACACACAUACACACACACACCUUCAUAGAUGUACACGCACGCAUGUACGUACAUACAAACACACACACACACACACAGCUUCAUUGCAUUUAGAGAGACAGACUCAGCGACUCUGUGUAUAAACUGUGAGUUAACCUUUUACUGCAGUGGGCUAAAUCAGGGUCACAGAGUGUUUCUUGGUAGUCUUAAAAUAAUCUUCUUUGAAACAAAAGUAUACACCUCACACACAUGGUUAUGGGCUUUUAAAAAAUAAGACACCUGUACCAUGGCAGACAUAGAGUUGAAAUGUAUUCAAUUUUGAGUUUGCAUCCCAAUAUUACACUUUAUAUACUGUACAUCACAGAAGACUGAAAUAUAACAAAACUGUUUGACAUAGAAUCACCGGAUCUUCAACGUUUAAAAAAAUCAUGUUUAUUAAUUAUGAAAUUAUGAAAAAUAUUAAAAACAUUCCACCAAUGAGGCCACUAGGUCAUUUGACUGCAGGAAAGGGCUACGUAAGAAGAGCAUGUGUGUAUUGCUCUUUAUGCUGUUGCAUGUGAUAUGUAUAAUAUAUGUUAUGAAGAUG